CUGGAGCAAAGGGGACGCAGCUAAAGCAGAGGCAGGGGGCGAAAUGUGGGGAGGAAGUAAACAGCAGAGCGGGCAGCAGGAGAAAAAGGGGGCAAUCGAAUCAUCGGAGCGCCCAUCGAGGAGGAGGAGGAGGCGGACAUGAAGGAGGGCUCCCCGGGGGGGAAACGGUGUGUUUGUCCGUCUGUCGUCGAGGCGCAGCGAUGGACGGUGCGCGGCGCAGGGAGGAAACGGCAACGACGGAGCCCUCGCGACGCGUAAACAGCGGGACAAAGCGCGAGGAGGAGUGAGGCGCGUGAGGAGUGGCGCGCCUGUGGGAGCCGAGUGCGCGAGGGCCGGAGCGCGCGGGGAGCGGGGCGCGCCGAGAGCCGCCGCCAGAUGCGGGGAAGGAGGGCGCUCGACCGGCAGGCCGCCGCCGCACCGCGGUGCAAAAAAAACGAUUUGUUUAGCUAGCAAGCUAAUUGCUAGCCGCGCCACUUCGACAUAACAGCAAGCGGGAGACACCGCCGUCCGACCGCGGGCAGAGGUCAUUUAUUUUCCCGCCCAUUUUUAAUGUAGUAAGGCUGACGAAAGUCGCGAUAGAUGGGCCGCAAGAAGAAGACGCUGCACGACUACGCGGCCGAGUUUGGCGACCUGGCCGUCAAGAGGCACCUGGUGGAGCAGCAGAGUUCCGGCGAGAGGAGCCUCCUGGAGGUGCUCUACUGCAAGGCGUGCGAGAUCCCCGUGCGGGUGCGCCGGGACCGCAUCCUCGAGCACCUGGCCUCGGCCAGACACUACCGCAACCGGCGGCUCGUCAAGACUUGGGACCGGAAGGAGGUGCACGUGUUGCCAGAGAUGGAUCCCCAGCCCAGUUCACCUGGGCAGCUGGACUCCACGGCACCCUUGACCUUACCGUCCGUGCAGGUCUCGGCAGGAAACCACUGCUCUUCCACCAGCGUCAUGUCCCGUCUGUGCACCCCUUCCCAGGUAGGACCUACUGUUCACUCCGGUGCUGCCCCCGAUGGGAAGGGCGUGGCCUCCUCCCGCGCCCCCUCGGUGUCUGUCUCUCGAGCUCAGGGUGCAGGGCUGCCGGCACUGGGGCCCAGCCGGUGGCUACUGCCAGCAGAUUGCCCCAGCUCUGGGAGGAGCCGGCCCGUGGGCACCGGUGUGGGAUUGGCCUUGAUCGGCGCAGCCUCUGGCUGCAGGGCCCUGUGCCGCAGCUUGCUGGAGGAGAGCUGCUGCCACCUGCUGUAUGUAGUGGAGGACCAUCGCUGGGACGUGAACGGCUACUUCGGCCAGGAGCGGCUCGCUCACACCAGGCUGCUGCACACUGUGGACAUGGAUGUGGCUCUCAGUGACCCACGGGUAGCGGGUGUGGUGGUCUGCUCUCCCCCAGGCGAUGCCUCCCCAGUGGUCCUCCGUGCCUUGCGUGCAGGUAAAGGUGUAUUUUGUGAGAAGCUGCCCAGCUUAGACCGCUUUGUUGCGGAAUCCUGUUUCGAGGAAGCCGAAAUCCGAGGAAGACCACUCGUGUGUGGGUUCUACAAACGUUUCGACCCAGCCCUGCAGUACUUGCACAAGCGGGUGAACGAGAACGACAGCCUUGGCAGGAUACAGCGGAUUUCGUCCAUCACCCGCCUCUACCCCCAUCCCACUGUGAACAGAAUCAAAUCAUCUGGCGGGAUCUUCUACAGCUUGGCGGUUCAUGACAUCGAUGUCAUCUGUUGGCUGUUGGGAGAACGGGCUCCAGACACCAUCUUUUCCUUGGGUCAUGCCUUCUGUGCAGAGCUCGCUGCCCUCAAUGAUGCCGACUCCAUCUCCAUCUGCAUGAAGUUCUCUAGCGGUGCUGUGGCCUCCCUGGAUGUCAGCCAGCAUUGCAGCAAGAGCUGCGACCAAAGACUGGAGGUCCAUGGGUCCGAGGGCUCCUUGCAGAUGGAGAACAAGAACCCCCUGGGCAUCUCAGACUUCAGCUCCUCUCCAGCCCCACGGCCCCAGCUUGCCAUUGACCGCUUCCAGGAUGCCUACCGUGAACUGCUGCGGCACUUCCUACGGACGCUCAGGGGAAGGGAGGCGCCGUUCUUCACCAAAGAGCAGUACCUGUGGACGGUGCAGGUGGCGGCUGCGGCCGAGCAGUCGUGGAAGAACGGUUCAGCGGUGGACUUGCGCAGCGUGGUGCCUGACACCGCUACCGUCAAGACCGAGGCGUGACGGGAGGAGCCCUAAACCACAAUGCCCGGCUGAGGGACGAGACUACGCGUCGGUCCACACCUUGGUCCGCAUGUUCCCAUGGGAACAAUGAGCACACGGAGGGAAUCGCUGCAAGACUCGGCCUCUUAAUCGGAUUGGGAAACGGGCAAAUGAAAAAUCAUAACCGCCAUCCCUUUUUGUGUUUCACCCAAACGUCCUCGGACCUGCCCGGCCAUUCCUUCACUUAUCAAAACAAACUUUUCCUCCUCUUCCCACAUCCGAGGUCAUUCCCAUUAGAGCGACUUUUGUCUGGUGUGGACAAGAACAGACGAAAUCUGAGCUUGGGUGACAUCACUUUAAGCUUUCUUAAGCUUCGCCAUCUUUAAAGAUAAAGCUAAACUAAACAUUCCUCAAGAUCAAAACGGACGGUUGACUGAAAGUGGUCCUUUUAAAGAGGUUUCACCCAUUUUUACGUUCUGUACAUCGAGACGUUUGAUGCUUUUCAAGUCUUUGUUUGCUGUAUUGCUCAGCUGAGUGAUGUUCUGAGUGAAGUAAGAAAAUAGGAACAGCGUGUUUUAAUAGUUUUUGUAUGAACUAUCAUUUGAUUUCCUGACAUGUAGGGUGUGUUUUUAUUCUUAGCCAUAAGAACACAGCAGAUCUUCUGUUAGGCUUGAACCUGCAACCAUCAGGUUACGGGUCUCUCUUUCGUAGCCACUAUACCACUUGCUGAUCGUCUUAAAUGAUAUUAUCAUGUCUUGGUGUCCACAGCUAUACUUGUCAAGAAAUAUGUCACCGCGGUGAGAAAAUGAAAAAUGUUUCAUAUGAAACCCUGAAAAA